AUGGAGGAGGAGACUGGGAACGAUAAGACGCCGUUUGAUGACCAAGGAGAAGAUUAUUCGGACUCCCAAGCUGAUGGUUUGGAUCCGCCUACACAAUAUAGGUCUCCGUGGGAAGAUGAUCCUAACUAUGAUAUCUGUCUCUAUGCUAGGAUUGGACUCCAGUGUUACAAUCUUCAGAAGGGAACAAACUUUAAGUUUAAAAACUGGGAGGUGUGUAGGAAGCGGAUGACUUCAUCCGACGACUCGUUCAUAACGUUGGAGGCAACGGAUCCUGCCACUGGCUCGGUCUUGACUUUUCAGACGUUGUUAAGCGAUUUUGGACUUGGAAGUUGGUUGGGUGUCAGACUUAAGUUGGUCAACCUAGCCUCCAGAAUCAAGCCUAUACGUAACGAGCGUCUGGAUGAAAAUUGGGACAAGAACACGGUACAUGAUUUCUACAAAGGUCCAAUGCCCAAAUGGGUUUCUGAUGAGGCCAUGGAACGUGAUAGUAGAAAAUAUUACGUGGUGCCUGAAUCAGAGCUCCAUGACAAUGACUGGCUUCAACUUCUUAUGGAAGUCGCCUUCUUCUCCAAUGCAAAUCGUUGUUCGGAUGAUUACCUACCCGUGGAGCUCAACAAGGUUGUUGUGGAAACUUUUGAAGAUGAGCCUCGUGAGAAGCUCAAGGCAAACAAUGCAAUCUUCUACCUAAGUUACAGGUGUUGCGCCGAUCCUUGCCCAACGCGUUUUGCUGGUGAUCGCCUUGCCAUAGUGAGAAAAACCAUGGAUGGGAAACCAGGACACAUGAGUCUUGAAGUUGCUCUAACCAAAGAACGAGAAGAAAGGUAG